GCAACACGAUGCGUCGCUGGCUUGGAAGAACGAAAUAAACAUUACUUUUUUUUUUCUUUCAAAAGAGAUCUUGUAGUUUAGUUUGAUAGUAGGCCUAUAUUUUGGUAGUAUAGUUUCGGAGAGAAAAUGUUUCGAGGUUUUAGCCUGGGUUUCUGCUUGACAUUAUUUUGCUUCGGACCGUUUGUUUGCAGCGCGUGUCCGUCUCAAUGUAGCUGCUUCUUUCACAAAUUAUCAGACGGAUCCAAAGCAAGGAGUGUCCUUUGCAAUGACCCACAGAUCACUCUGAUCCCACCCAACUUUCCUGCAGACACCUCGAAACUGCGGAUCGAGAAGACUGCCAUCACAAAGAUCUCCGGCGAAACCUUUCACUACCUGAACAGUUUGGAAUUUCUCUGGGUGUCUUUCAACUCUCUGAACUCUUUGAAUGUAGACAGCUUCCGUGGCCUGAGAAGUCUGGAUGAGCUGAGACUGGAAGGGAACGCUCUCACCUCUUUCCCCUGGGAAUCUCUGACUGAUAUGCCCAACCUGAGGCUACUGGACCUACAUAAUAAUAAGAUAUCGUCGAUUCCGGCCGAGGCGAGCAUUUAUAUCAAGAACCUGACAUACCUGGAUUUAUCUAGCAACAACCUGGCCACCGUACCUCCUGAGGUUCUCUCUAUGUGGUUAUCUGUGAAACCGUCUCAAGAAGAUGGGGACAGUUCCAAAUAUAUUCUAGGUCUCCAUGACAACCCAUGGCUAUGUGACUGCCGGCUCUAUGACCUGGUCCAGUUCCAGAAGUCUCCGUCAUCCUCUGUGGUUCUGAUCGACACCAAGCUGCGCUGUGCUGACCCGGAGAGCCUGUCAGGGGUGCUGUUCAGCGAGACGGAGCUCCAGAGGUGCCAGGAGCCCCGUGUCCACACGGCUGUGGCCCGGGUCAGGAGCUCCCUGGGGAACAACGUCCUGCUACGUUGUGGGACUAUCGGAGUCCCAGUACCAGAGCUGUCCUGGACCCGGGCAGACGGCAAACAGAUGAACGGCACUGUUCAGGAAGAAGUUUCAAAGGAGGGAAUCAUUUGGUCCAUCCUGAGUGUGCCUGCCGUCUCUUACCGGGACUCUGGGAAAUACAUGUGCAAAGCGACCAACUUCGUGGGGACCGCAGAUGCCAUCAUCUCCCUGGUUAUCACAGACUCCUUUAAAAAUGAGGAACAGGGUGGCAGCUCCAAGACUAGAAACCAGAGAGGACGGAAAACCGGCGGAUUUGGGAAAGCUGCCUACCAGAAGAAACAUGCUGUCAGAUACAUACCUCCACCAACCACGACGUCAGCUAUGCCCAUCAUUGAGCCACUAGGACCGAGUGGUUUCACAGGGAGGUAUGAUAUCGAGAGCUACAGUAUUUUGGACAGUGUGGCCGAUGGACAGACGCCCGGUCGUCCUGCCACGGAACCGGCGAUUAUUAAGGAAGUGGAGAAGGAGGUUCUUAGCAACCUGGCAGCCAACGCCUCUUCUUUGCAGGCAUCGGCGCCGCCGGAGAGACGGGUGGUACGAUCGGUGAAGGUCAUCGGGGACACCGAUCACACCGUCUCCCUGAACUGGCGGGCCCCGACGGCCAAGAACACCACCGAGUUCAGCGUCCUGUAUGCCGUUUUCGGCGAGAGGGACAUGCGGAGGAUCAACGUCGCUGCGGGAAAGAACCGUAUCACCAUCGACGGCCUUGUGCCAAGGACAAAGUACAUCGCCUGCGUCUGCGUCAAAGGCCUGAUCCCUAAAAAGGAGCAGUGUGUAAUCUUCUCAACGGACGAGGCGGCGAGCGCAAGCGGCACCCAGAAGCUCAUUAACGUGGUGGUGAUCACCGUGGCCUGCGUGAUCGCUGUCCCCUUGACACUGAUUGUCUGCUGUGGGGCGCUCAAGAAGCGCUGUAAAAAGCUACUGGGGAGGAAAUCCAAAGAUAUUCAAGACUCAUAUGUAACAUUCGAGACCCUCUCCCCGGGACAGAAGCCUAAGGGGAUGGAGGGGGAGUACCUUGCCAGGCAACACCCAGACGAGUCCAACAGACUGCUCUCUGCUAGGUCCAGUGUGGACUCUGGGGCUACUUGUAGGAACGAGGGACCCCCUAGUGAGUACUUUUGUUGAUACCAAAUGAAGGCCUCAACCUUUACAGGGCAGAGAAGUCUGUCCUUUCCAAGCAGAACUUAAUUUGGUUUGUUGGUCUCUUCUGGCAAGUGAUGUAUUGUAGAUGAGUGAAACUGCUCAGAGACGGAGCAGAAACCAACGGACAGUUGCAUGGACAAGUGUGGUAUAUAUGUGAGUCUAGAUAAAUAGGAUAAAUAAAUGCUGACAUAACUGUGAUUAUACAGCCUUGCAGAAAUACAGGCCAACCUUGACCCGGUGAACUGUAAAAAAACAAAAAAAAACAGAAACAAAUGUUUUAUUUAAAAUGUGGAAAUAAGCAUUUUAUAUUUGUCAUGCACUUUUAAGGGGGUAACAUAGUGUAAGCAGUUGCCUUUCUUUGAAAUGACACUAGGGUUACACAGUUAUGCUAACUUUUACAAAAUUCCCAGGUUUUCCAGAAAUUAUUGGUGGAAUAAGGAAACCCAAAAUGGCACGUUCUACCAGAAUACAUGAAACCCAUCUUUUUAACGUACGGAGGAAGAGUGAUGACAGUUAUUCUGAAAUGAAUCUGACCUCAGAAUUCUGGUAGUUUUUAUUUGACAAAAAUAAUGUACAUGUAAAGUAUUGGUGAAGCAACUCAUAUCUGUAGUGAUAUUUUGUACCUCUGUGUAUUUACCAUAAACAUUAAUGUGCCAGGUUUACUGUCCAAUCAAACCUAACAUACUAUACAUUUUGUAAUAUAUAUAUAUGAUCUGAUCUGAUAUACAGUACCAGUCAAAAGUUUGGACACACCUCCUCAUUCAAGGGUUUUUCUUUAUUUUGACUAUUUUCUACAUUGUAGAAUAAUGGUGAAGACAUCAAAACUAUGAAAUAACACAUAUGGAAUCAUGUAGUAACCAAAAUAGUGUUAAACAAAUCAAAAUAGGAUUCUUCAAAGUAGCCACCCUUUGCCUUGAUGACAGCUUUGCACACUCUUGGCGUUCUCUCAACCAGCUUCACCUGGAAUGCUUUUCCAACAGUCUUGAAGGAGUUCCCACAUAUGCUGAACACUUGUUGGCUGCUUUUUCGUCACUCUGUGGUCCAACUCAUCCCAAACCAUCUCAAUUGGGUUGAGGUCGGGUGAUUGUGGAGGCCAGGUCAUCUGAUGCAGCAGUCCAUCACUCUCCUUCUUGGUCAAAUAGCCUUUACACAGCCUGUGGAUGUGUUGGGUCAUUGUCCUGUUGAAAAACAAAUGAUAGUGUGACGAAGCGCAAACCAGAUGGGAUGGAGUAUCGCUGCAGAAUGCUAUGGUAGCCAUGCUGGUUAAGUGUGCCUUGAAUUCUGAAUGAAUCACUGACAGUGUCACCAGCAAAGCACCCCCACACCAUCACACGUCCUUCAUGUUUCACAGUGGGAACCACACAUGCGGAGAUCAUCCUACUCACCGACUCUGCGUCUCACAAAGACACGGCCGUUGGAACCAAAAAUCUCCAAUUUGUACUCAUCAGACCAAAGGACAGAUUUCAACCGGUCUAAUGUUCAUUGCUCGUGUUUCUUGGCCCAAGCAAGUCUCUUCUUCUUAUUGGUGUCCUUUAGUAGUGUUUUCUAUGCAGCAAUUCGACCAUGAAAACCUGAUUCAUGCAGACUCCUCUGAACAGAUGAUGUUGAGAUGUGUCUGUCACUUGAACUCAGUGAAGCAUUUAUUUGGGCUGCAAUCUGAGAUGCAGUUAACUCUAAUGAUCUUAUGCUCUGUAGCAGAGGUAACUCUGGGACUUCCUUUCUUGUGGCGGUCCUCAUGCGAGCCAGUUUCAUCAUAGUGAUUGAUGGUUUUUGCGACUGCACUUGAAGAAACAUUAAAAGUUCUUAAUGUUCCGUAUUGACUGACCUUCAUGUCUUAAAGUAAUGAUGGACUGUCGUUUCUCUUUGCUUAUUUGAACUGUUCUUGUCAUAAUAUGGACUUGGUCUUUUACCAAAUAGGGCCAUCUUCUGUAUACAACCCCUACAAUAUAACUGAUUUGCUCAAAUGCAGGAAUUCAUUUUAACAAGGCACACCUGUUAAUUGAAAUGCAUUCCAGGUUGAAGCUGGUUGAGAGAAUGCCAAGUGUGUGCGAAGCUGUCAUCAAGCCAAAGGGUGGCUAAUUUGAAGAAUCUAAAAUAUAUUUUGGAUUUCUUUAACACUUUUGGUUACUACAUGAUUCCAUAUGUGUUAUUUCAUAGUUUUGAUGUCUUCACUAUUAUUCUACGAUGUAGAAAAUUGUUUUUUUUUAAGAAAAAAAAGAAAGAAAGAAAAACCCUUGAGUGAGUAGGUGUGUCCAAACUUUUGACUGGUACUGUAUGUGUAUAAAUAAAUA